AUGGACGGUGGCAGUGGCCUGAACAUCCUUUAUGCUGAGACCUUGAAACAGAUGGGCAUUCCGAUGUCCAAGCUGAGAGAAAGCAAUAUGAGCUUCCAUGGUGUUAUACCUGGCAAGAAGGCUCAGUCACUCGGUCAGAUCGCCUUGGACGUGGUUUUCGGUGAUUCAAAGAAUUACCGCAAAGAGAAUUUGACGUUUGAAGUUGUGGAUUUCCAGAGUGCUUAUCAUGCUAUUUUGGGUAGGCCAUGUUACGUAUACCUCAAAUUGAAGAUGCCCGAUCACAGAGGAGUGAUCACCAUCACGGGCAAUCGGCAGAAGGCAGAGGAAUGCUUUCAGAACGGUUCCAAAAUCGCUGAUGCACAAAUGGCAGUUGUUGAAUUGCAAGAGUACCAGAAGAACGCGGAUCCGAGUGAUUUGCUGCGGGCCAAGAAGCCUGCUACAGACUCUACAUUUCAGUCGACCAGUGAAACGAAGCCGAUUCAUAUUCACCCGACCGACCCCAACGCUGCUCUAACUCAUAUUUCAACGACACUCAACAGCAAAUAG